AUGGUGCCUGGCGUGGUGAAACUCACAAACUACGAGGAUCAAAUCAUUGAGGCGUUGAAGAUUGACUUUAGAGGUCAUUCCAACGUCUUCUUGAACCAGAACUACGGCGACAUGGGGGCCUCCAGAACAGAUGCCGGCUCUAGGGCUUAUCUCUUCAGCCGCCAUCUCGACCUCUACAGCGGUAAUGUCGUUCACCACAAAGGCACCCAUGUUUGGCCCUUCGCGUUUCGGAUCCCCUUUUUUGCAGCCCCAAGAAUUGUCUCACCUGGGUCCAAGGACUUUUACCGUCCGACGCAUCCAUGGAGGGGUGAUUUUGCUCUGGAGCGCGACCGACCUCACCCUCUUCCGCCGAGCAUGCAAGCAAAAGGCUCCUUCGUCUGCAAUGUGCGCUAUACGCUUGACGCGGCGCUUUCUCACCGACGUCCAACGGCUACAAAGAGCACAGAAAUGCGGUCUUCACGUUCUGUGCCUGUUCAAAACUUGGAGAUGACGCCUCGCAAUUCUCCCGGCGGUGACUGGGUAUACAUGACCUAUCGUCAACCCCUGCGCUGUCCGGGGGCAGAACCUUCGCGUCGGCUGUUCCGCCGGCGGUUUUCAAACUUCCGCCCGAAAGACCGGCCUUCAGAACCUGAAGCGAAACUCUGCUUUUCUGUGCUACUGCCAAGGGAGAUCGAAGUAAGAGAGCGGCAAGCAUUAUCGGUUCCGGUCGCCUGCACGAUGGAGCACUCUUCAGGCCUGGAUGCGCUGGAACCGCACAUGCCGGCGCACAUUUCGGAUCUCGUUGUCCACUCUUUCAAGCUCUCGCUUCUUCAGCAUACAGAUGUCCGAACAGGUUGUCAUAGUAGCUCGUCUACAAGAAAGAUUUUGACUCGGAAAGGCGCAUGCAUAGUCCCUGUCUCCCGCACAAGCACCUCGGCGUCGACUGGGGCCGCGAAUUCUCCGUACUCGACCGUCAACCUCUGUGAUGUCGUCAACUUGUCCCUUCCACGCCAUACUUUGGCCUCGGACUUCUCCACGUACAACAUUGCGCGAUUUCACAGUCUCGAGGUCCGGUUUUGUUUGAUCUAUGCAGGAAAGAAGAACAAAUUUACGCUGCGUAAUGUGCCUAUCCGGGUGGUGCCGCAGUCUAAGGGAGAGCUGGAACGUCGGUUGAGCGAGGGCUUGGAAGCGGAUGAUGAAUAUGGUUGCGACCUAGCGGGUCUUCGCUGGCGAGACUACAGAGCGAGCACGGGCGGCUCGGAAUAUGACGCUUUGUGGCUGCCUUCUGACGAGGACGAUGAUUUGUGUCCGGGAAGCCCACCGCCCGCGUAUACUGUUUAG